GGGGGUUGUUUUGCAUUCGAAAUAGUUACCAGAAUAGUUCAGAAUUCCAGGUCAUGUGAAGCCUUGAGGCAGCUCGCUCCAUCUGAGGAACUAAAUAAUUUAAACCCAAUUUGCUAACGUUGCAUUAGGCCGUGCAUUGUCUCUGAAAAUAUUAAAGCGAAGUAGGAGGAGGGGGAUGCGAUGGGAAGAAGUGCAUGACUAACGAAUUCAGGAAGUUGUUUGAGCAUUUGCUGAUGAGAUUUCCCAUCUAUGCAUUUUGUUAACACUAAUUGUUUAUUUUCCUUCUCUUCCAGCCGAAAGGAUAUUUAGGAGGCCGGGAGGACGGCGGUUUUUGUUUUUUUUCUCGAGUCUUUGUUGCAAAUUGUAUCUUUCCCCGUUUGCUAAGUGACCUCCUCCACCCUCCAGCUCCUGGCAAGAGGUGGACGCGCGUGCCGAGAGGCUCACGUCAAUCAAACGGCGGUCGUCCAAUGGAAAUAGAGAUCUUCAGAAAGGGACGGUGUUCUCCCGGUUUCUGAAUGGGGAGCCGCCGAAUGUUGACGUCACCCACGGGAGACUCCGAAAGCGAUCGGCUCAGCUAUCUGUCCGUCAGAGUGCGGUUUUAGCCAAUGGCCGUGCGGGAAUUGGUGGGAGGGCGGGACGAAGGUCGCCGGUGUCCGAACUGUCAAUCAGGGGCGCAGGAGACCAAUGAGAGACGAAGACCCCAGGAUUCUCGACGCACGGGCACAGCUCCCUGCAGAAAGUCGGAUUUAACUCGGCAGAGAGGAAAUGUGCUCUUAAUUGUUUAUUUUAUAUACAUAUGAAAAUAAUUAUAUACACAUAUCAUUUUUAUUUUGUUUAUUAAUUAACCCAAAUCAGGAGGAGGCGGGAGGAAGAAAGAAAACAAAUAAUCCAGAGCGUUGGACCGUGUGGAUUUUUCCUUUUUGAGCUUAUUUUGACAUUGUCUCAUUUGCAAAAAAAUACAAAACAUUUGUUGGGGGGGUGCACAGAGAUAGAGAGCGAGGGAGAGUGUGCAUUAGCAAAUACCAACACAUUGGAGAAUUGCGACUGAAAUAGCGUUUAAAAAAAAACAUGGAUCAUGCUGCAAUUGAGCAAACGCACUCACAACAUGAGCCCAUAAACUUUGGAAUUGAUCAGAUCCUGAACAAUUCGGAGCCAGGGAGUUGCAUGCACCCGAACCGAGUUGCUGAGUCGGAUUACCAGAUCGCAGCCAGCGUGUACAACUCCCAGCCUGAUGGCUACAGUAAUGCUUACAAUAACGCCUGCAGUAUGGCCGGAUUGCCGGGAUCCUAUAAUGUUAACAUGUCUAUGAAUAUGAAUGUAAGUAUGAAUAUGAAUCUUAAUAUGAACAGCGGGGCCGGGGUGAUCCGAGUGCCCGCGCACAGACCUAUACCUCCUCCACCUCUGUCGGCCGGGAUGCCAACUGUGCCCUGUCUCCCCAGCAUGGGCAACAUGGCAAACUUAUCUAAUUUAACUUUCCCCUGGAUGGAGAGCAGCAAGCGAUUUGCCAAAGACAGAUUAACAGCUGCCCUGUCACCCUUCACCAUGGCCAGGAGGAUCGGGCACCCGUACCAGAACCGCACCCCUCCGAAGCGGAAGAAGCCGCGGACCUCGUUCAGCCGCCUGCAGAUCUGUGAGCUGGAGAAACGCUUCCACCGGCAGAAGUACCUGGCCUCAGCCGAGAGGGCCACUCUGGCCAAGGCCCUCAAGAUGACCGACGCCCAAGUCAAGACUUGGUUCCAGAACAGAAGGACCAAGUGGAGGAGGCAGACGGCUGAGGAACGGGAAGCGGAGAGGCAGCAGGCAAAUCGACUGAUGAUCCAGCUCCAGCAAGAGGCCUUCCAGAAAUCGCUGACUCAGCCCAUUCAGCAGGACCCCCUGUGCCUGCACAAUGCCUCACUAUACGCCCUGCAGAACCUCCAGCCCUGGGCAGACGACAGCAGCAAAAUCACCUCCGUGACCUCAGUGGCAUCGGUGGUCUAAGCGACUAACACCCUGGGCGAUCGUUUUGGGAACUUUCCUCUUCACUCCCCACUGGCAGAGACACUCAAGCCCCUCGUACCAAAUAGUGCUGCGCAUUACUGUAUAUUAUUGGCUGGAAUCUUUUCUUUUUAAAACAUUAAGUAUAGUUAUCAAACACAUACAAAAAAAACUCGCUAAAAGGUUAU